AUAAUUGCACAAUACAUGGAUAAUUUUAAAAUAAUACUGAUCAAUUUUGUAGUAUUUGUAAUUUUUUUACAAAUAAAUGAAGUCAAACUUAAUAGAUUUUCAAUUACUAAGUGUUUACAAAAUGAAGAAUAUCGUAACGAAAGUUGUGAAUCUACUUGCGAUAAACUUUUUUCUCGACCAUGUUACGAUGAAGAAAUGUAUUCCGGGUGUUUUUGCAAAUCAGGAUUUGUAAGAGAUGAUACAACUGAUAAAUGUUUUCCAAUUGAAGAUUGUAGCAAACGUAUAUGUAAAAAACCGAAUACGGAACUUUACCUGAAAUGGAAAAUUACGAUGUGUUCGGGACCCGGAACCACAAGAACUUAUAAUUAUCCGCAAACUAUUUUGCCUAUUUGUUUUUGUAAAGAAGGAUACGCUUCAUAUUUUGGUGAUUGUGUUCCUGUAUCCAAAUGUAUGUAAAUGAAGAAGCGAAG